GCUGGGGGGGGGAUGAAGUAUGCAAUUAUGUUAAAACCUCCCCGCUACUUGCCACAACCGUCUGUCUGGCUGGUAUCCUCUUCCCGGAGGACGUCCGCCGCUAGAAAAGUCACGCAAACAUGCCCGCGGACGAAGAACGGGAGAAAUUGACCCACGUCAUCCGAGAGUGGAACAAUAACAGACUGGACUUAUUUGAGAUAAGUGAACCGGACAAGAAUCUGGUGUUCCAAGGAGUGAUGCGCUUCUACUUGGAGGAAUCUUCGGGAGAAAACGUCGCCACCAAGUGUCUGCGUUUCAGCAGCAACGCCUCCGCCCGCGACGUCGUCCAAACUCUGUCCGAGAAGUUCAGGCCGGACAUGAAAAUGCUGAGCGACCGCUUCUCUCUCUACGAAGUACACGGCAACGAAGAACGCAAAGUGAACGAGGACGAACGACCUUUGGUGGUUCAGUUGAACUGGAACUCGGACAACAGAGAAGGACGUUUCGUGCUCAAGCAGACCACCGAGGACGGCAGUCAGAAUAAAGAGAAGGGAGGCGUGAUCCAGACCUUUAAAAGGACUUUGUCCAGAAAAGAGAAAAAGAACAAAAAUAAAGUUCCUGACGGACCUGCAGAGAACUGGUCAACGAAUGGAAAUCCAGAAGCAGCAGAACAAUGUCGAGGAAACAAAAGGCAGGAAGACGGCGAGACAAACCACACAGGAAGUCCUCAGCCAGACUUCUGGGAUCCGCUUGGAUUACCGCUCGGAAUUCUGAUCAGUGAUCACCUGGAAGAAGACUUCCUGUCCGCGGUCAUAAACUCCACCGACAGCUCAACGGUCCAUUUCAAGCUCUCGCCGGCGUACGCCCUGUACGCCGCGAGCCGCUCCAUGCUACAACGCCCGGGCUCCUCAGCACCAGGAAUGAUGGACCGUGUGACCGCGCUGGUCAACGAAAUGGUGGCCUUGAUCGGCAAGACCAUCCAGAUACAUCAGGACGUCGCGGGCGCUCUCGCCUUCUGGAUGGCGAACACGUCCGAGCUGCUCAGCUUUUUCGAAAACGACAAAGACCUCAGCGGGCUCACGCGGCAAAGUCGGCUGUGUCUGUCCCACCUGGUGCACCAAGCCUACAGUUACCUGAUCCAGUGUCUCCAGAGUGAGCUACAAAAGCACCUGCCCACCUUCCUGGUGGACCCCGAGCAACACGGUCCUCUGCCCGUUGGGAUAGAGAUGGUUCUGAACACCUUAAUGAACGCCAUGUCGCUGUUACGCCGAUACCGGGUCAACCCCGCCCUCACCAUUCAGCUCUUCUCCCAGCUCUUCCACUUCAUCAGCUCCUGGAUCUUCAAUCGCCUCAUGAGCCCCGAUUCCGGUACCCCGGGCCUGCGCUCCCACUACUGGGGGGCGACUCUGCGCCAGAGACUUACCGGCAUCGAAGCCUGGGCAGAGAGGCAGGGCCUGGAGCUGGCUGCCGACUGCCACCUGGGGCACAUCAUCCAGGCCAGCAGGCUGCUGACCAUGAAGAAGUACGCCGUGCAGGACGCCAAAGACAUCUCCCACGCCUGUUUCAAGUUGAACUCCCUGCAGUUGCACGCUUUGCUGGCGGGAUACUUUUAUGCAGCCAACGAGCCGGACAUCCCCACUGAUUUGAUGGAGGCCGUAGUGGCGAGUGCACGGACCUCGGCGGACGAGGUGAUUGGUGGAGAAGGACGAGACGUCCGGCUGGAGGAGAGCCUUCACCUCCACCUGCCCUUCCUGCUGCCGGGGGGAGGACACUCCUGCUCCAGCGUGACAGGGAUCCCUCCCGGCUUCAGGGACUUUCUGGAGCCGGUCAGCCGGCGAGGUCUCUGCUCUUUGGCCUUCCAGAAACACCCCGAAGGUGACUGGACCGUCUUCUUUACCGAGUCGCCUCCGUCGCCCUCCUUGGGAGCCCGGAGUGUGAAGGUCACCCUGAAGAAGGCGCUCGGCAGCGGCGUGGGGGUCAGCAUCGUGGCUGCCAAGGGCGCAGGACAAGACCACCUUGGGAUUUACAUCAAGUCCAUCGUCAAGGGAGGACCAGCAGACACGAGUGGGCAGUUAACGGCGGGGGAUCAGCUGCUGAGUGUGGACGGUCAGAGCCUGCUGGGCCUCAGCCAAGAAAGGGCAGCAGCCAUCAUGAUGCAGACUGGCCCUAUGGUCACCUUACAAGUGGCUAAGUUUGCAGCACGUGACCAAGGUCUCGGGACUCUGAUGUUUGGACUGACUGCAGGGGAGGCUAACAGCCAAUCAGGUCAAGCGGUGCAUUCAGGGACUUGGCAGAAGAACCGACAGCUUUAUCGCUCCCAGCCCAACAUCACCAAUUCCACCUGGAAGGAGGUCAAGGAGGUCAAGGAGAUACGUCACAGAGAAUACUUGACACUGACGUGUCAGGACAGAAGCACACCUUCAUGCACUCCACCACUGCACAUGUUCCAGGUGUAUUUACCACCUCUGAGAGGACACACCUCUCCUCACAAAAUGACCUUCCUGCGUCAAGCUCUCUCUCAGGAGAACUUGUGCGUGGACACCGGAGGCCCCCUGCUGGACAAAAGUCAGAGUCCGAGUGCAAAGCAGACCACAAACUACCACUCACACUUUCCAGUCCGCCCCAGCUUCUCCACCCAAGACAUCUUCUCUGCUGAAGGCACCCGCGCCGGACUCUGGAGAACCUCGUUUUUACAACACGCACCAACGCCCUGCGUCCAGCCCGUACGCAUCGACAUCCCCCUCAGCAGGCCGCUCGGCGUUCUGACCAACCCUCUGCUCACCACCUUCCAGCAGAGCUCCUCGCUGAGGGCCCGUCAGACCCCCCACAACAUCUACACAUGUGCCACCAAGCUACCUCUGCCAGCCAAACCCCAGAUGAGCAUCACGCCCACCAAGCAUGUUUCCUUCCAAGAACCGCCAACGCCACAGGAGCAGGGCGCCGGUCCGACCAGGCCACUGGAGAAGCCGCCGAAGCUGCGAGAGUCGGAGCUCCCGGAGCAGAAGGCGAAGGAGCUCCGGGGUAAAGCUGAGGACGACGAACGACUGCGCCAACUGAGCCUAGAGUGGCGGUUCCAGAAGAGGCUGCAGGAACGAGGGGAGGAUGAGGGCGAAGACGAGGACUUGGACAUGAUGGUGACCAUACAGGAGCUGGACUCAAGAGUUCAGAAUAAGAGAGGCGCUGCAGCAAAAACGGACAAAGCGCAGACAAAAACCCUCGCCGGCCAAAAGGACGAGCAAAAAGAUCACAGAUCAAGCGGAUGCCUUCUAAAAGAGGGUCAGCCGGGGGACAAAACGCGGAGGAUGUCGGCCCCGGAGAAGCUGACCUUCAAGGAGCGUCGGCGUCUGUUUUCUCUGCCGUCAAGAGCAUGAAUCAACUUGAUGUCUGAAGGAAGUGUAGAAUAUUAUUUUAGUGCCAGGCAGCAAACACUUUUUCUUUUGGUUUUAGCAUCCUUCUUUUUGUCAGACUAGAAGUUGUUGAUGGAUUCUACAAAAAUAUGUUUUUAAUGUAAACAUUAGCUGACUAACACUAGACUAUUCUAUUCUAUAGUCACAUAUGUGUGCACAAGCAUACAUAUAUAUAUAUAUAUAUAUAUAUAUAUACAUAUAUAUAUAUAUAUAUAUAUAUAUUAGGGUUGUUCCGAUACCCAUAUUUUGGUACCGGUACCAAAAUGUAUCUUUUUGAUACGUUUCCAAAUAAAGGGGACCACAAAAAAUGUAAUUAUUGGCUUUAUUGUAACAAAAAAUGUUAGUGUACAUGAAACAUGUGUUUAUUAUUGUCAUUUAGUCCUUCAAUAAAAUAGUCAACAUACUAGACAACUUGUCUUUUAGUAGUAAGUAAACAAACAAAGACUCCUAAUUAGUCUGCAGUAACAUAUUGUGUCAUUUAUACACCUAUUAUUUUGUACACAUUAUGAGGGACAAACUGUAAAAAAUGAUUAUUAGUCUACUUGUUCAUUUACUGUUAAUAUCUGCUUAUUUUCUGUUUGAACAUGUUCUAUCUACACUUCUGUUCAAAUGUAAUAAUCACUUAUUCUUCUCUUCUUUGAUACUUGACAUUAGUUUUGGAUGAUACCACACAUUUAGGUAUGGAUCCGAUACCAAGUAGUUACAGGAUCAUACAUUGGUCAUAUUCAAAGUCCUCAUGUGUCCAGGGACGUAUUUACUGACCUUAUAAACAUAAUAUGAAUUUUUUUUAAAGGAAAAAAGAUUAUGUGAAGAUAACAAAUAUCGAUGUAAUCAUAGUAGUAUCGACUAGAUACAUUAUCAUUACAGUGGAUGUCAGGUGUAGAUCCACCCAUGGCGUUUGUUUACAUUGUGACGCCGGUGAGCUAUUGUAUCCUCCUACGGUGUGUAGUGAAGCAUGUUUAGCUAUUCCUCGUCCUCCAGUGAUAAUGAUACUUGUAAGAAAUGUACUUUAUUUGUCGUUUUGAUGUGACA